AUGGCCGCAGUCAAACGUCGCGGCUUUGUUUCACAGCGACUCCGGCGGAUUUUCAGGCCAAACGUCAGGAAAGUGAAGUUCACUCUGAUUGGAUUAUCCGAAACCCGACGCCCUAACCGUGAGUGUCUUCAACUUGGAUCAGGCUUUGUAUUAUACAAUAGUGGACGUUGCGACGAUACCCCCACAUAUGCUGGAGUGGGAUUUUAUAUGUCCACAUGGAUGAACAAAAAGCUCGUCGGUAUCCGUUACAUCAGCGAUCGUGUAAUACAAGCCGAGUUCCUUAUAAGAAAGAGACGUCUCAGGAUUAUUCAAGUUCAUGCGCCGACUUCUGCCGCAGCAGAUGAAGAGUAUGAGCAGUUCCUUGACGAGGUAGAAGCAGCACGACAUCCGUUUAGAAGUCCAGCUGUACCCGAAAUAAUCUUCGGCGACUUCAAUGCAGUCAUAGGACGCUCUCCCAACCAUGUGCCUGGAUGCGGACUCUGCUACUGGUAG